AUGUCGCCGACCGAUCAUGCAUUCGAGGGAGCUUUCUCCGAAAGCCUCGAAAACCUCGACAGAGAGUCGCUGUUUCGACGCAAAAGUAAGCUAGCUAGCUUUUUUAUUUCACCGACAUCACCCUCCAAGUAUACGCCAUGGCCACUUGGUCGUGGGCAUUGGUGGAUUAGGGCCUCUUUGCUAAUCGUUAACGUCUACAGCGAGCUCAAGAUCGACGAGAUCGGACUCCGCCUGUCGAAUAUCGAAGGGAUCCUCCGAGACGUUUCCCAGCGGUCCGCUUCAUCUCACAGCAGCAGCAGCCCGCCGCAGUAUACAACUCCCCAGCAGUACCUCGCCAUUGGCGCGUCGGUCGUCGACGACCAAGAUUCCGAAGACGAAGAGUCGGCAUUCAGGCACGACUCUGCCAUCGUUGACCAGGCUACCGGCACUGGCGAGGACCUUGAACACGCCAUCAGUAGCAUCACGAUCGAUAAUGCAGAUCCCGACCUUCACGAUGCAUUGCUUAAUCUGAAGCUGCUCGUGGAACUACAGAAUCGCCAGUCCAUUCGCAGCAGACCUCGCUUUCCGCUACAGCAACGCUUGCCUGCGGGCGGGCUUGGACAACUGCCCCUGCCGCCUGUAAACGUUGUGGUUGGCCUACUCAAAUAUGCCCAAGGCAUCCUAGCUUCACCCCCGGGCCUUUUCACCAUCAUCACUUCCUACGUGGGCAUUCGCGAUUUUAUGAAACUCUGCCAGACAGUCUACUUUCCUGCCCAAGAUGUAUCUCACACGACCUACACAAUCGUUAUCGCUGGUCUAUACUACCUAUUUCUGGAGCAGCACAUCCUCGUCUCAGCCAAGGGCACCAAGGAAGAGUUCGCUUCAUACGUGCAGAUCUGCCGCAUCAACCUCGAGACAUCGCUCGCCAAUGCGUUGGUUUUUGCGUCGCCCAGGAUUGAGACUGUUCAGGCUCUCUUGCUAGGGACUCUGUAUGCUGUUCACAUGUCGAGGCCAACGGUCGCCUGGUUUCUAAACUCGGCAGCUGCCAACAUUUGCCAGAUAGCUGGCUUCCACCGCCACAAACAGUCGGCCUCCGAGACCCCGGCCGCGAAGCUCAAAUCGGCAGUGUUCUGGCAGACGUACAUAAACGACAGGGCGCUCGCACUACGGCUUCAUCGCGCCCCUAUGAUCCAGGACUAUGACAUCAGCAUCCCUCGAGCCUUUAGCUUUGAGGGACCAAUGGGCCUUGAGAUGUCCGGUGUGGCUCUGAUGUGGUUGAAGAUGGCAGCAGUACAAGGCCAGGUCUACGAGAAAUUAUACAGUCCGGCUGCCAUUGCACUGCCACGGUCCCAAUUGGCUGAGCGCGCUCGUGUACUGGGAGCGGAGUGCCGUCGGCUGGAGCUGGAGGCUGAACACCACCGAGCAGUAAUGGCCAGGUCACUUGAGGGGACAGCGGCAUCAUCCCUAAUACCAAUGUACACCAAGGGAGACGAGGUUCAGCUCUUGUCAACCAUGACACUCAUCUACCGGGCGAUCCCCCCGCCUUUAGGAUCGAAGAGUAGGUUCUGCGACGAGUGUGUGAAUGCAGCGAGAAGCGCCAUGCAGAGCCAUCUGAAGUGUAUGGCAACCAUCAACAGCGACAUCUCAGCCAGGUCGAUAUACAUUCAUUGGAACUUGGCACUCACCCAUUUUACCCCCAUCUUCGUCCUUUUCGGCUACGUCAUCGAGACUCUCUCGGUCGAAGACCUCCAGCUUCUCCACGCGGUCGGUGCGUCGCUGGAAGGCUGUGCCAAGUCUUCUGAGACGAUCCAGAAGGUAUGGCGACUGUGUGAGGUCUUGUGCAGAAUAACAAGGCUCUACGUUGAUAUCAAGACGCGGAAGCAGGAGAAUCAGUUCAAGGUCCUUGGGGACAGGUUCGAUGCAUACCUGGACCAGCUAGGAUUGGUUUCGAUGGACCGGGAGGGUGUAGCUGAUCUGGGAGGAGUUGAUCUUCCUGCGCUCGAUGAUUUCCAAACCGCGGAUUUGGCCAGCUGGAUAUCGGGAAGCCAAGACCUCAUGGGGCUGGCGGAACAAGAUGUAAUUAAUUUAGAGGGCUAUUCCUUCACAGGUACUGAUGGUCCAUGA